AUGGACCACGAAAACGCGAAAGACAGCGCAAAGCAAGAGCCAGGCUGCGAGUAUUUGAGUCAUUCAUACUCGACCACUUUGGAGAGGUCAUACACCCAGUUUGCCGAAGGCAACUGGGAAAUGGCGAUUGCGCAAAAACCGCACGAAGAACAGUCCAUGAAGGGAGCGUACAGCCGACGAAAGCAGCAAAGAGACGAAAAAGCAGGGACUGGACAACUCGUGAAGGUGGGUGAAGCUAUUCAGGCAUUGGCGACGUGUUUAUCGGUCAGUAGGCUGGCCAUGGACGACAUCCUCAAAGGUGUUUGUGGCUGGCUUAAAGCUGCAUUUCAGCUUCGGAAAUGGCCCAGUCCAGGCUGA